AGCCGGUGGCCAAAGCUGCUUCGCUUGCACCGCACGGAUGCUGCUGCCGCCACUUCGUACCGGCGGAAUUAUUACUAAUAGCUGCGCUUAUACAAUCGAUACAACGAAUUGCUUUGGGUGGUGGGGCGGCACUGUGACGGCGAUUCUCCACAUUCGAUUGGAUUGAAAAUACAGUUUUGCCAUAUGCGGUGUAAUUUUGAUUGUAGUCUACGAUAGCCCAUUUGCCCUGUCCCACGACGUGUGAUGCUUCCAGUGGGAUGAUUUUUUUUUUUUAUUGUAAUCAAUGGGCGGUCCAAGGUGUUCCCUCACCGGCAAUACCUCUAAGUGUUCAUUUUCACAUGUAUCUGUUAAACCUAUAAAGUGGGGGUGAUUGCAGGAAACCGGCCAAAACCUUACCACAGACGUUCAGGUAUACGUGGGUUUGCGCAAUUUAUGGUUGUCUUUUUUUCCCUCCCUCAACGGAGACACUGCCAGUGGGAGUCAAUUUUGGGCUUGACUGGUUUGGGUAACAAGGGCGCCAUCACAGACUUGAUUCCCCCCACCAUCAUCAGAAACUCUGCAGGAUCUCCCCCCUCUCGGUCCAGAUCGGAAUAUCUUCAGGUCGUGGUCCCGUUUUACAGAGCUGGUACUGGUCCACAUACGGGCUCGCCAGCAUCCGAGGGAACGGGUGGUGUGCAUCGCUGAUCCACGCAACACUUUCUUCAAUGUUUGGCAUUUUUCGCAAGCGAGAGCAUUCUGACUUGUGAUCGAGUGGAAGACUCGGACUGCAGCAGCCUCACCAAAAAAAGCUUCUCUCACAUGGAGAUUUGCGCCUCGCCGCCACUGCAAAUCUUCCAAAACGGGGACCAGGGCCCUGCUGAUUUUUCCUUCAACGCUCCCAGUUUGUAUUCACCCGAUGAAAUGCAGAACGCAAUCAGCAGAUGAACUAUGAAUGCUGAACAAAAUGAUCUCCUCCCUCCAGCGCCAGACAAUGAGAAGUCGUAGGCUAAAGGGGGCGCUGUCCAACCCCCUCUUUGUGCUGCUCUUGGCCCUUCAAAUUUUGGUGGUCGCCGGGCUAGUUCGUGCACAGACGUGUCCUUCUGUAUGCUCGUGCAGUAACCAGUUCAGCAAGGUCAUAUGCACCCGUCGCAGUUUACGAGAUGUGCCAGAUGGUAUAUCAACCAACACCCGUUACUUAAACCUCCAGGACAACCUAAUACAGGUGAUCAAGGUGGACAGUUUCAAACAUCUGCGGCAUCUGGAAAUUCUCCAGCUGAGCAAGAAUCACAUCCGCAGCAUUGAAAUAGGCGCCUUCAAUGGACUCGCAAGUCUGAACACUUUAGAGCUCUUUGAUAAUCGACUCACGACAAUCCCUAAUGGAGCAUUCGAGUAUUUGUCCAAGUUAAAGGAAUUAUGGCUUCGGAAUAACCCCAUUGAAAGUAUACCAUCCUAUGCCUUCAACCGAGUCCCGUCGCUUCGAAGGUUAGACCUAGGUGAGCUUAAGCGGCUCUCCUACAUUUCAGAUGGCGCGUUCAAGGACUUGAGCAAUCUGCGCUAUUUGAAUUUGGGAAUGUGCAACCUCAAGGAGAUCCCGAACAUCUUACCACUGGUUAGAUUAGAAGAGUUGGAAAUGUCUGGAAAUCAGCUGUCCGUUGUCAAGCCGAGCUCAUUUACAGGAUUAGUCAACCUCCAGAAGCUAUGGAUGAUGCAUGCCCAAAUCCAAGCAAUUGAGAGGAAUUCCUUUGAUGACUUGCAGUCGCUAGUGGAGCUUAACCUUGCUCACAACAACCUUACCUUUCUUCCGCAUGACCUUUUCACACCACUGCAUCGUAUGGAACGGGUCCACCUUCAUCACAACCCUUGGAAUUGCAACUGUGAUAUCUUGUGGCUCAGUUGGUGGCUGAAAGAGUCUGUACCCGCGAAUACAAGUUGCUGUGCCCGCUGCCAUACUCCGACACUCUUCAAAGGUCGCUACAUUGGAGAAUUGGACCACAGCUACUUCCAGUGUGAUGUUCCUGUCAUUGUGGAGCCACCCUCUGACUUAAAUGUGACAGAAGGCAUGGGUGCAGAGCUGAAAUGUCGUACCAGCUCCUUGACAUCUAUCAGCUGGCUCACACCAAAUGGCUCACUGGUGACACACGGGGCUUAUAAGGUGAGGCUGGCUGUACUCAAUGAUGGGACACUUAACUUUACCAGCGUCACGAUGCAAGACACUGGAACGUAUACCUGUAUGGUCAGCAACACAGCGGGCAACAUCUCCGCCUCAGCAGUGCUCAAUGUCACGUCUGUGGAAAACAGUGGCGUGACCUAUUUUACAACAGUCACGGUGGAGACCAUCGAGAGCCCAAGUGAUGACAGCCACACUCCGCUCCCCCCAUUUGGUUGGGUGUCAUCCUCGACGACAAAAACAACUCCCGUUUCAACGAGGACCACAGAGAGGACUUUUACAAUUCCAGUUCUGGAUCUGGAUGGAGAAGGAGCCCUCAAUGGUCUGGAUGAGGUGAUGAAAACCACCAAGAUUAUCAUUGGCUGCUUUGUGGCCAUUACACUCAUGGCUGCGGUUCUACUUGUUAUUUUCUACAAAAUGAGGAAGCAACAUAACCAGCAGGAUCCUGAUGGUCCAGCUUCCUCUAUGGAAGUCAUUACCGUUGAAGAAGAGCUCGCAGGUGUUGCCGCUAUUGACAGACACCUAUCGCUGCCCCCACUGGAGCACUACAACCACUACAACACCUACAAGAGCUCUUAUCACCCUUCUAUGCUCAGUACCAUACACAGCUCUACUACACAGGAACAUUUACUGAUUCAAGCCUGCUCAAAAGACAAUGUACAAGAGACCCAAAUCUGAGCCUGCAUUUCACAUAAUAUUCAACAUGAGCGGUUUUAGGAAUACAACAGACACCACAAAGAAGAUACAAUACUGCAAUAUGACAUCAACACAGUUAAUGUCGACAACAGUGCUAAAUCAACAUUUGGCAAGGGACCACAAAUGAUACUUUAUUAAGUGUCUUUACAAAAACAAAGAUUAUUUAUUUAAAAGGUAUGUCCAGUGACUAAAUGACAAAAACUAAUUGUAAUAGCUUUUUAGCUUGUUUUCCAUUCUCUUUUUUUCUUGCUCGCUCCCUCUGUAAUAUUGCACAAGGAAAAGAAUGGUUUGCUACAUGUGAAUACGGAAUAUAGAUCUUACACGGUCAUUUAAUUUUAUAUUUGGUCUCAGCUGUUAUCUUUUUAUGAGGGGCAUUGUUUUAGUGUUCAUAAUCAUUAAUUUGCUUGUUCAGUAUACAAUACGUGUCCACAUUGAGGCAGCUGUCUAUAACAUUCCUAGUAUAAGAUGAGUUAAUUUUCAUAAUCAGGCUGUUCUAGCUGUCAUUCAAGAGAAUCUUUUGAUGGAAAAGCUCUUGAUGAUAUCAGAUGGAAGCCUGCGCGUCUGAGAACGAAAGCAGUCAAAUUAGUAUGUGCAUUCCCCCCGUGGCUUCUUAAAGAGCCAUAUAUCAGUCUUUGUAAGUAAGAAGAGUAACUCCUCCAUCCACCCAUUUUUUUCACACUUCAAAUCUUAACUAUUUUUUCACAUUCGUUUCUCAUGUCUAUCAAGAUGUCUACCCUCUCCAUCCCCAUCCCUAUUUCUCAGUGUCCUCAUACUUGUCCUUCUUUGAUUGUCUCUGCUGCUUAAUUCAGGGACAUUCCCCACCCCUUGCCAUGUCUCAUUUGUCUCGCUUUAGCCGUCGGCAUGUGCCGCACGACGGCAGAAUAUUGCUUGAGAAAAUGAAGGGGAGCAUAAGGCUGCCGUCAGUACCCUCCCUUUUAACCCAGUUAUGAUGUAUGUCCAUGCAGUGUCGCGUUACCUCGCCAUCACCCUGGGGUCACACGAGCUCAUGUGCUGAUAGUCCAUCUGUUGGUACAGAUAAAGAGGCAAAUGAGGCAGCUUUGUAAUGUAGUGUGACCCUGUCGGACCAAUGCAGACAGGGCUAACAGACUCAGCGAAGCAGCAAGGGACCUGGCACAAAAAAAGGGGAGAUGGGUUACGUCUCAUUAAACUGCAUCAGCAGAUCAUUUGCAGACCAAUACUGGAAAACUGAUAACCAAACAGACUUUUUCACCAUCCUUAUGCCGAUUAUCAGGGGUCAAAGACUUUGAUAUGGAAGCAAACCCGACUCUGUGUCAUUGUUUUUCUUGGGGUGCGGUGAGGCAUCCACUUUGAUGCUGCAUCAUUUAUAGUCCAUCAGAACAUUGCCUCUGUAGUCUGGUUGCCUUUUUUUUCUUUCAGAAAGGUAAAAAAGGAUAUAAGUAGGUGUGUGGAGAGAGGAUAGAUCCACAACAGUCAUGAGGGGUCUUCAAACAGAUAUACGAAAGAUAUGAAGGGAGAGGAAUAAAAAAUAGAUAAGGCUUAAGGAGGCAAAACUAGCCAUCAGACAGUCACCAUGGAAACGGUGACCUUGUGCAGAAAGUAAGAUGUAGUAGAUAUGCCUUUCACUCGUCUGUGCUGGUCGUCUGUUCAACAAGCUUAUUAUGAUUUCCCAGUGAAGAUUGCACAGAUGUCAGUGAUUUUUUUUCUUAAGCUGAAGUAAUGUAAUGGUCAUUUACAGAUGGAAUAAUAGAAUUCGGGCAACAUAUGACAUCAUCAUUGCAGAGCACCCUGCAGCCUCAUGUUUUAAAUGAAAUAAAUUGCUCCAUGAUUUCAAAAUGUGCCCACUUUAUAUUUCCAAUGCGCCAUCCUUCAUUUAUUUCAAAUUCAGCAAGGACUACAAAUAUAGCUUAUAGGUGGAAUAUAAUAAAGGCUCAUCACUCACAAACUCAUCUGCGUCUGAUCAGUUAGUCACCCCCGCUUUUUUAUCAUUAGUUCCCAAUAACACAUUUGAUGGAAGCAAAAUAUACAUUAGGAGACCAAUGUGUGGGUGCAGGCUGGAGAAAUGGAUUAGAAAUGUCUGCCUUUCUGCCAGUGUUAUGAAUGAUGUGGCCAUCAAUAAUAACAUUAACUGUGUGAACCAUUCUUUUCCUUUUCCACUGUUUUCUGUUUCGGUGCUCAGUUUCUUUUUACCGCUUUUGGUGACUUAUUGAUUCGUGGUUAAUGCUGGCUAUAAUUAAAAAAAAAAAAAAAAGUUGGGUUUUUACAUAAGAAUAUAUUUGAAAAUGAGGGUUGAGGUUUUUUGUUUUUAUUUCCAGAUGAAAUGGAAUUUCUUCGUGUAUUGGUAGUAGUAUGUACAUGAGCAAACUGUCCCAAUGUGUGACGAUGUUUAGGGACAAAAGUCAAACUGAUCUGUAGAUUGUUGGAAAUGAAAUACCAGCAGAGUGAGCUUGAUUUUGUGCAAAGCCCAAGCCAAGGUGAUACAAUUGUUAUGAGUUAUUCUGCCAACUGUGUAUGUAUGGGGAGGGUUACUGUAUGUAGGAAUAUUCUCUCUCAUUUUUUGAGAGGACCAUCAAAUGGUAACAUUUCUACAAAAAAAUAUUUUCAAAAACAUAUUGCAAAAAAAAAUUAUUAAGCUCAUAAUUUUACAUGUGCUUCAAUUGUUUAAAAAAUGCAGAAGAAAAACAAGAAAAAAAAAACAGCAAGAGACUGUGCUUGUAAUGAGUUCAGUUAAUUUCUCUGCGGAUGAAGUUCACUAAUUGAUACCUGAGAUUGUAGUUCAUACUGUAAAUGAAUAUGAAUAAAAUGCAUUUUUCCCAAUAGCUUUCACUGAGCAUUUCAUGAUGUUGUCAGUAUUUUGUUCUGUUUAUUCCAUUUUCCAAGGAACACAUGGGUAUAAAUACUUUAAGCAUGCAGACUCCAUAAUUUAAAGGAAUACACUUUGAAGAGACGUACCAUAUCUUUUGUAAUUAUAUCAAGUCGAUCAUUCUUGGCGAGGCAUAGAUAGUUUUUUUUUUUUACUGUGACAUAUUGGUAGGCAUUCUUUUAUUUUCUAUGAAUCUUUAUUUCUUUGUUUAAGUCUAUCUUGCACAUUGCAGUUGGAUGCAGAACAGAAAUCAGGGUUCAGAAUUUGCUGUAAAUAACCUUGAAGACCAUUUAUAGAUUAAAUAUUUAUACAGCUAGCGUUUUUAAUGCACUUGAAGGACACUUUUUUACAAUUAUGUGAACAAGAGUGGAAACUACCAAGAAAGAAGCCAAGCACCAAGGUUAGUGAGUGUCGGUUCAUAUUGGCGAAAUGACCAACUAUGGUUAACUUAAGAAGAUGGUUGUUUUAAAAUCAUGGCCUGUUUUACACUGACACAUCAUCUCACUCAAGAUUUUAAUUGCCGGUAUUAUGGGACCUAAACCUCAGCAGAUUAGAACUUAAUCAAUUAACAAAAUAUGCAGCUCCGUUUGGAAUAUUAAGCCUUAAAAUAAGCUUAACAAAUGGUAUUUAAGCAUCCUAUCAGAUGGCUCUGAUGUCAUCAGUACGCUGGAACAGUGCCUACAAGGGGGAUAACUAUAAUUAUACGCUGAUCUAUUUUCAUGCGUUAUAGAGUAGUUCUCUUUUCAUUUCUGAUAUUGUCAUCCCUCAUCAUACACACAAUUUUCAUUUCAACUGCUAUUCUUUGUUUCAGCGGUUCUUAUAAUGUUUUCUCUGAUAUGGUGCCAUUUCAAUCAUCUCACUGAUGGAUUCAGCCUGCAUAAAUACUGACUUAGCUUCGAACAGGUUCCAAAGGAUGCCAUUAUAUAGUAUAUUUAACUGAGCUGUACCAUAUUAAAAUAGCUGAAGUAAUGCAGCAAAACAGAAAACAAAAAUAAGAAAAAUAAUUGAGCUUCGUUAACUAAUGCCAGCGUUCCCUUUAAGAAAAUCUCUGGUCAAGGGAGUUUCGUUCUAAGAGGAGCUUGCCAGGUUGAAUGGAUCAUCGGCAAGCUGUGAAGCAGAUGGUUUGCCACGUGACAGUUGUUGUCCAUAAUCAAGGUUUUAAUAACACCUGUUACACAUGAAAGGUGGAUAGAGAGAUUGGCACAUGUUCAAGCUAGAAAUGUGGCAAGGAAUUAUAAAAUAUCAAACCUUGGGGUAAUGAUCCAAAUUUUCUAAGAAGGUUUCAACCAUACCAAAUGGAAGCAUGGGAGCCUUUUUUCCUUGUCAUGAGAAGCUGCUCAGUGCAACAGAUAGCGUGCACAUUAAAUGGCAGCGCAGAGGAAAUGAAUGACAACUAGACCAUCAUGCUUUAUGUCUCAUCCUGGCAAGUCCUUUUUGCUUCAAGUCUUUAUUAAAAUAAAACUUCAAUUUGUGGCCAGAGAGGAUUUUAUAAAUGAUAGUUUUGAUAAUCCAUUGGACCCACACUGGAUAUGCACCGUACCCGACCGUGAGUGACAAAAUCUGUGACCAUUAAACACCUGUUAUUGCUUCAAAGAACGUCCCCGUGCCCAAUUACUUAAGAAGGGAGUAAAUCAUGAGCAAAAUUCUUCCUUUUGAUUCCCAAACACAUGAAAACAAGAACAAUUAAAAAAUACUUGUAAAGUAAUGAGGGAAACAAAUCUGUAGAUAGGCAAAUUACUCCUGAACCUCAAAUAUGUGGCAUUCAAAUACUAAAUUUAAAAAAAAUAAGUGGUUGAUUUCGGGAGUAACUGUAAUGUUGAUUUAAUUAUUCACAAUCUUAUUUUUUUCUUGUGGUGCAUCAGUAGUUCUUAUUUUUUCUGUUACAUCCCCAAGAAAAGGAAACCAACCGCCCCCCCCAAAAAAAAACCAAAAAAAAAAAAAAUCAAGUCAACCAUGUUUCUCAGGGUCUCUUUGCACUUUUCCAAUUUAAAAAAACAAAAAAAAGGCAUUAUUUCUCAUGAUGUGUUUACAAGACUUGCCCUAACUAAAAUGUACUUGGGCUGCAUUUCAAUCGUGGUUUAAAUGAGCCCUCGCUCACUUGCCCUAGCCACCGCCCCCCGGGGGAAUCUCCGCCGCCAUCGUUAGGGCCGUUCCAAUUCCCAAAACAGCGAAGUGAACUUGGUGAGAUGAACCCUCAGAGGGCUCAGUGAUUGAGUGAAAAACGAUGGUCACUCCGGAGCUUCCUGUCUCCCACAAUGAAUUGCAAUGGUGGAUGGAAAAUAUGUCCAUGCGGUGGUGAUAAUGAACCUCAAACACCGUUGGCUGCUGUAUAUAUACCACCAAAGAAGAAGAAAAUGAAUUAAAUGCUGCCAGCACUGUAUUUUAAUGUUAUACCAAACUGCCUUUCGAAUUGUAAAAUUCAUCAUUGUUGUUAAAAAAUAAAAGAAUUAGACUGUAUGUGGCAGUUAUAGCAGAACGUAUGGAAUCACAAUAGUGCCAAAAUUAAAAAAAAAAAAAAAAAAAAAAAAAAACAUGAAUAAGUAAAUAUAAAGAGAAAUAAAUGAAUAAAUAAUAAUACAGUAACAUUUUUAUUGACUUUCACUUUUGCCAUAAAAAAGGGGAAAAAAAGAUUUAUUUUUUAAUGAUGUUGCUAUUUCGCUUAUCUUUUCUAUUUUGCUUUUAACGAGAGGAAUGGUCUGCCAAUCAAAUGGCAUUGGGAGGGACUGAAACUAAACUUCAAAUAGGUCAAAUGCAUUUAGACAACAAUUUUGUCUACAAAUUAUACCGUAUCGACAAAUAAAUAAAGAAUUACCCAAAUGAAAUUUGAUACAAAACAAAUAAUUUAAUAAUUCCCAGGUACCGACGUAUUGCCAUCAAGCGCGGAAUACGUCUCCGGCUUUUUGACAUGAGUCGCCGCGCAUUUUGUGCGAUGUUGAAUAAUGGUGCCACCAGGGGGUGGCCACGCCUGGCCACGGGUCCCCCCCAUGAAUUUGUUGGCCACCCCAAGUGCCAGUAUAAUGUUAGAUUGUAGUAGCUGCGGAACUCAAAAUGUUGACUGGAAAAUUAUGAGCUAUGCACAUUAACACAAUUUAAUAGUGUACAAAAUACAAUAUAACACAAUCAACAAAAGUAUAUCAGUAGGUGUGUCCUUAAGUCAAUCUGACAGUUUUCUACUGGCCUGUUUAUCACUACAACAUAGUAAAACCCUGAAAUUAAGGCUUUUAUUUUUUUGGCGUGCCACCUCAAGGUUUUAAGUGGCCCCAUAUGGCCACCCCUAUGAAGAAUUUCUGGAGGCGCCACUGAUUUGGAAUUGGCAGUAUAGCGCUACUCCAAAACCUUGUGGUUGUUUCAUGAUUUUCUUGCCUGUGAGUGAACGAGGGCAGUUGUGUUCCAUUUACGUCUUUCACUCCCCCUCCGCCCACUUUCCCUACGCCCUCUAAGUGGCCUCCGUGUGACGUCAUAGCAAGUGCUUAGGGCAAGCUUAGGGCAACUCAAACCGUGAUUGGAACGCAGCAUUGGUCUUUGUAAAACAUCCAUCCAUCCAUCCAUCCAUCAUUAAUCUGGGGUCGGGUCGCGGGGACAGCAACUUUAGCAAGGAAGCCCAUACUUCCCUCUCCCCUGCCACUUCAAUCAGCUCCUCCGGCUGCAGUCCAAGAAGUUCCCAAGCCAGCCGUGAGACAUUGUCUCUCCAGCGUGUCCUGGUCGUCGCCAGGGCCUCUCUCGGUGGGACACCACCUCUCCUGGGAAGUGUCCAGGAGGCAUCCAGACUAGAUGCCCGAGCCACCUCAGCUGGGUCCUCUCAACGUGGAGGAGUAGCAACCUUGAGUCCCACCCGGAUGACCGAGCUUCUCACCCUUUCUCUAAGGUAGAGCCCGGACAUCCUGUGGAGGAAACUCAUUUAGGCCGCUUUUAUCCGGGCCACACGCUCGUGACCACAGGUAACGAUAGAAACGUAGAUCGACUGAUAAAUCGAUAGCUUCGCCUUUAGGCUCAGCUCCUUCUUCACCAUAAUGGACCGGGACAUAGUCCGCAUCAUUGCAAACGCUGCACUGAUCUCACACUCCCUGCUACCCACUAGGGAUAGGAAUCAAAAUCCGAUUCCAAUUCGGAACCGGUUCCGAGUGUUUCAAGGCCUCGACAUCACAAUGAAAAAGCUUUAACGAUCCCUUUAACGAUUCCUAAAGACGCGUAUUGCGUCGUGACGUGUCUUGUUUUCCAGACGCAUCAAACUAGCAUGGCGCCAAGAACAACUCGCUCCAAAGUUUGACUACACUUCACCAUGAAAGAGUGUGAAAAUGAAAGGUUACGACGGGUAAGCACGAGCAUUGCAGCCAUAAACAUAACAAUGACAGCACGUAGGUUCAAACGCUCGAAAGUGUGUCUUCACUUCACGAGGAAAAAUUACAACAAAGCGACUUGCAGUCAUUGCAAGGUGGAGAUAACUGCAUCGGGAGGGAAUACGACUGGGCUGUCCUCACAGAGAGGCUAAGGCUCAGUCCUGGCUAUACAGCUAGCUAAACUCCCAAAUGACGAUGCAGAAGACGUUGGUAUAAUUUGCUGACUUUAUUCAACCAUCACUUGAAGAGUGAAACUAAGAAUAGAAACGAAACAAAUCAAUUUCAUCCCCAAUAACAAACAGGUUUGCAUCAACGUAAAUCAGCGAUGAUUAGCUGCUAAUAAAAGUAAUAACAAAUGGUUAGCAUUCGUUCGCUAGCAUUAGCACAUCGUUCAAACCACUACACAACUGGAUUUAAGUGUCCGAUUGUGAGUGGAAACAGAACAACAACAACACAAAAGAUGAUACAUACAGGCAUUGCCUCUGUAGAUAUUAACAUUAACAAAGAACGUAGGCUCGUAGAAGUGUUUCCCUCUCUCACUAACUCGCUCACUCGCUUGGAUGCGGCAUUUCUUCUUCGGGUGUAAGCGCGCUCUUCUUCACGUGAGCGCGUUCUUCUUCGCGUGAGGAAGCGCAAGGGCGCCCCCACUUGAGCGUGUAAGCGCCACAAAAACUAAAAGGCAUGCAUUUCAAUGUAAUGGUAAAUAAUACACGUUAACUCAGCAGUCCCCAAACUGCAGCCCGCGGCCCAAAUACGGCCCGCCUCCACAUUUGGUCCGGCCAUUUUGAAUUUUUUUUUUUUUUCUCAAUCGUGUUAUUUAUUUCCUGGCCUUUUCCUUGAAGAAUUCAGAGAGGGUU